AUGAUAUCGAUCGUAGGUGGUACACGCAGUGGAAAUAGCUGUCAAGGGUCAUCUUGUCGAACAGCAGGAAUCAUUGCAGGCAGUGUGGUUGGUGGAAUAUUUGCACUUGUUGCGAUCUUCUUCCUCACUCUCUUUUGUUAUGGUCGGUUUCGACGUCGCUCUGUAGAUUCAAAUACAGAUGUUGUUUAUACAACAACUACAGAUGGACCCAGUAGAAUCUAUUCCACGAAUGCUGAAGAUUAUUUCAAAGAUGGGGACUGGCAGAGUCGAUAUCAUCAAUAUGGUAGGUGGCAUGGUCCUCAUCAGUUGUCACUAAUGUUCGAUCGUGCCACAAACAAAGUGGCUGGACACGGAUAUGAUGGUGUCGGCUUGUUUACUAUUGAUGGAACAUUUUCUGUGGCAAACCAACGAAUGUCACUGACUAAAGUUUAUGAAUCAGGUACUGGAGAUCGCACAGAAAACUUCGGGCAUACAGUAAUUUUGGAAUUGACAUUUAAUGUGCGUAACGGUCAAUUUGAAGGCAAAUGGUCUGUUCGAACCAAUCACUAUUGUGAUGAAGACAAAUUUGAAUUGAAGUUGCGAGAUCCAUUAGUAACACUUGUCGAGAAAAAUGUUUCUUGA